ACUCUUCAGCUCUUCACAAUUAGCACCAUGAACACUUUGUUUGUAGCUGUUUUCGCCGCUUUGGCUGUCGCUGUUAGCGCCGGAGUCGUCGGACAUGGUACCGGAGUCGUGGUCGCUGGACCUUCUGGAGUGGUCACGCCGCACGGAGCCAUCGGACCUGCCGGACAUGGGUUAGGUUUGGGACUUGGAUUGGGCUAUGGAGGAUAUGGACAUGGUGCUGUGGUUGCUGCUCCCGUAGUUGCCGCACCAGCUCUGGGUGUUGGGUACGGAUAUGGAGGUUUGGGUCUUGGACAUGGAGUCGUCGGGUAUGGACAUGGGGUCGGGCUUGGACAUGGAAUCGGGCUUGGACAUGGGGUCGCCGUCCGUGGGCCUGCCACCGUACCAGCUGUCAUCGCUGGUCCCUCUGGAAAAAUCGUAGCCGAUGGCUUGUACGGAGUACCACACUACGGUCAUUAUGGACAUUGGUAAAUGUACAAAUUAGGAGGUUUUUAGAUCAAUUCUUGGAGUUGAUGUUUGUGCUUAAAUUAUGACGGCUUGAGUAUUUUGUAAAUGCUUAUUUAUGUGUAUUAAUUUAAUACGUGAUAUAUAAUAAAUAAAAAUGACUGAAA